AUUUUCACUUGGUUUCAAAUUCAUAUCCAAAGUUGUGCUAGUCGAAUUCGAUACUUGUAUCGGAGUGUAAUUCGGUGCGAUUCGAUUUUCUGUGAAUUUGUGAACUUUACGAAGAAUAACGAAGAAUUCGUCUCGAGGCAAUUCCUGCAUUAAUCCGCUUAUUGCAGUAAUUCGAGCUUCCCAAUGGCCGAACGAUUAGAAGAUUUGAAUUUGCCCAAUGCGGUUGUGACCAGAAUCAUCAAGGAAGCUUUACCAGAUGGAGUGACAGUUGGAAAAGAUGCCAGAACAGCGGUGGCGAAGGCCGCAUCCAUUUUCAUACUAUAUCUCACAUCGGCUGCCAAUAUAGUAGCCAAGAAAAGUAACCGCAAGACUGUCAGUGGCCCAGACGUGAUACAAGCGAUGCUAGAUGUCGAGUUUGAUCAGUUUGUUGAGCCAUUGCAGGAAUCUCUUGAAAACUUUAAAAAGAUUCAGAAAGAAAAGAAAGACGCGACGUCGAAGAAAAAGCAACAAAAGAAAGAUGAUGAUGAUAUAAAUGGUGAAGAUGAAGAAGUGGGAAGAGAAAUUAUUGAAAUUUUCUAA